UUUUUUUACUUCUAGCAGAAGUGCGGAUGUGAGUUUCAUAUUGAUACGGAACAGGCCGCCAGUUUCGUUUUUGUAAAGUUUUUUAAGCAAUGUGUGCUUAGGCAAUGCUCGUUUUGUGGAGCUAUGAAUCCAGAGGAGCAGACGGUAACGUGGUUAAUAUCACUCGGAGUGCUCAGCUCGCCGAAGAAGAAUAUAGCGGAUCCCGAGGAGUUUUUGAAAACAUCGUUGAAGGAUGGGGUCGUCUUGUGCAAGCUCGCGGAGCGGCUCAUACCUGGCUUCACUCCCAAGUAUUGCCAGGAUCCGAGAACUGAAGCCGACUGCAUCACCAAUAGCAGGGAGUUUUUGAGAGGAUGCUCGUCCUUGAAAGUGGAGGGGUUUGAACCAGAGUGGCUAUACACUGGCGAGAACUUUGGCAAGGUGCUGACCACUCUGCUGGCAGUCAACUUUGCCACACAAGAAUGUGCUGCUGAGAGGUCAUGUUCACAGUCCGGCUCUCACUCUCCCAGUCAGUCGACACCUUCACACACACUCUCCUCGGCCAAAUCCAAAGGCUCUCUGCGUAGACAAUCCAAAUCAGUGGAGAUGUCUGAGAACGGUGGAGGAGGGCAGCUGAUGGUGAAGGCUCGCUUCAACUUCAAGCCCAACAAUGAGGAUGAGCUGUCGUUCAAUAAAGGCGACUUGAUCCACGUGAUGCGGCAGGAGGAGGGCGGAUGGUGGGAGGGCUCACUCAACAGCAAGACGGGCUGGUUCCCCAGCAACUACGUCCGGGAGAUCAAACCCUGCGAGAAGCCAUUGUCUCCUAAAGGCACUCAGCUGACCAAGAACUACUACAGUGUGGUGGUGCAGGACAUCUUGGAACAUGAGCGGGAGUUCGUCAAAGAAUUACAAACAGUGCUCAGCUGUUAUCUACGCGCCCUGCAAGCCGGCGACAAGCUGAGCAGUGUGGAAAGCGCCACCCUCUGUGGAAACCUGGAGGAGAUACUCACCUUCCAGCAGGGACUGUGUGUGGCUUUGGAGGACUGUACCAAAGUCCCAGAGGGCCAGCAGCGAGUGGCGGGCUGCUAUUUAAACCAGAUGUGUCAGAUCAAGAAUCUGUACCAGGCUUACUGUUCCAGCCAUCCUUCAGCUGUUUGCAUCCUCACUGACCACAGUGAGGAACUCGACAAGUUCAUGGAGAGCCAAGGAGCCAGUUCUCCAGGGAUCCUGACCCUGACCACCAGUCUCAGUAAGCCCUUCAUGAGGCUCGACAAAUACCCCACGCUGUUGCAGGAGCUGGAGAGACAUGUGGAGGAAGCCCACCCAGACUACGCUGACAUUGUAAAGGCAACAGCAGUAUUCAGGAGCCUCGUGACGCAGUGCCAGGAGCUGCGGAAGCGCAAGAACCUGGAACUCCAGAUCUUGUCGGAACCAGUGCGUGGCUGGGAGGGAGAUAGCAUGAAGAGCCUGGGUCACGUGGCCUACAUGUCCCAGGCCCACAUCAAAAAUGGGUCCAGUGAGGAAAAAGAGGAGCGCUAUCUCAUGCUGUUCCCUACUGUGUUAGUGAUGCUCUCUGCCAGUCCCCGGAUGAGUGGCUUUAUUUAUCAGGGAAGACUGCCACUGACAGGCACCACGGUAACAAGACAUGCCGAGGACGCAGACAAUGGCCACUAUGCCUUGGACAUUACAGGAAGCAUGAUCGAUCGUAUUACAGUGUUCUGCAGCACUGCCCAGGAGUUACAAGAAUGGCUAGAGCACCUUCAGCCCUUUACCAAAGGAGGAAGCCCUGCAGGAACCAUCUCAAAGACUGUAGAAGGCAAGCCGCUGAGCAUGGUCGGCACCCCCACUCACCUGUCCCACCUGGGCAGCCUCAGCGUCGUCAGUCGUGGCCCCCUUGAGCCGCCAAAGACCAGCAAGCCCUGGUCUCUCAGCUGCCUGCGCCCGGCUCCGCCCCUCAAACCUUCUGCCGCACUGGGAUACAAAGAGAGGAUGUCUUAUAUCAUGAAGGACUCCAGCAAGAGCCCGCGGCCCAUAAAGAAGUUCCUGCCCGGCAAUAGGAAGAAAGAGCGGAAGCACUCCGAUGACGAAGUUCAAACGAGGAAAAGCACGGCGGCGCUGGAGGAGGACGCUCAGAUACUGAGGGUAAUUGAGGCGUACUGCACGGGGGCCAGCCUGCAUCAGACCACCUCGGGUGUGCGUUUAUCGGUUCGGAAAGAGUGCGUCCCUCAGGUGCUUCUGCCAGAGGAAGAGAAGAUCAUUGUGGAGGAGAUGAAGAGCAACGGGCAGACGGUUAUUGAGGAAAAGAGCCUGGUUGAUGCUGUGUAUGCUCUAAAGGACGAGGUUCACGACCUGAAAAAGGAGAAUAAGUGGAUGAAGCAGUUUCUGGAAGAGGAGCAGAAGUCUCGCAAAGAGCUGGAGCGAGUGGUUCGGAAACUGGCUAAGCAGAAGAAUGAUUGUGCGAGGGACGACUGCGGCCACUGAACACAACCACACAAUCAUCCUCAUCCGUGUGUGUGUGUGUGUGUGUGCAUUUAUGUAAGCGUGCUUGUGGGUGGUCAGGUGUGUGUGUGUGUGUUUGUUUGUUUGUUUAUCUGUCUAUGUAGAGUCUCCAUAUUUCAAUCGCACACAGCAGAGUGGAACUCCCUCGCUGACGGUGAUGCUCUGAGUUUCUACGUUUCAAGUGUUGGAGCUUGAUUUGACAUUUUUGAUGACUUGCAAUCUGUCUUCCUGAUCCGGCCUCACGAGAUGAGACCAGAAAUGUGUUUGUCCACAUAGCAGCUCAGCGAAAUCAAGACUGGUAAAGUGGGAUGUUUCCAACAUACUGCCUCGAGGCGACUGGCACUGUGAACACUCCCCCAACAAAUGGGACAAUUUGGGACAAAGAAAAACACGCAAUCUCUGCCGCUUCUCUUGCUUGGAAAUGGAAAAGGAGUACGAAGCCAUCGCGUCCGAUAGGUGUUCUCUUGCAUGCACUUCCGUCACCGAGGGGACUGCUUUUCUUUUCUUCGCGUCAUGAAUGUUUUAUUUGUCACAACGACACCCAGUGGGGCAAAUGGAUUCACUGAGCUUUCAUAAGCUUGUGCGAUUUUCAUUUUUGUACCAUCCUCGACAUUCACAUCCCAAGUUUCCACAGCGUUUGGUUUAAGCAACUCAAACAGGGUUCGCUCAUCAUGCGGCAUUCAGUUGUGCAAAGCAGCCGUGACUGCAUGAAUGUACAGCGUUUCUACAGUAUGAAAUCUGCAUCAGAAAUGUGAUAAUCAAUAUAUAUAUAUAAUUAGUCCAAAUCUAUCAGGGAUAACGAUUUAUCAUUUAUAUACAAGAGAACGCAAAUAAUAAAACAGAUGUGACCCAUACUCUUCUUACUAAAAUAUAUUCAAGUAUAAUUUUAACAUAUUAAUUACAUAGCCUUGCUUUAUUUUGAAUUUUAAAAGAAUAUUCAUUAUUUAUUGUUCACCCAAGCAUUUAAUUGUGGUGUUAGCCUUAUUGAUAUAGUUUUGCUGCCUUUACAUCUGUCUGGAAUUUAUUAAACUACAUUGCUGAGUAAAGGAGGAACGAGCCUCGUUGUGGCCAAGGGAGAAUAGUCAUUCUUUCAUCUCAAAAGGGAGAAGAAAUGACUUUAAUACAGAGUCUGACUUGAGAUGUCAGAGGUUUUUGUUUGCAGCCUCUGUGGCCUCCUCACAGGGUCCUGCAGAGCUGAAGGAGACCGGAAAUAAACCGAGAGAUUUAUUUGUGGGUUUACAGUCGAGCUCAAAUGUUCAAGUGCCUCCCGAAGGGGUCUAUAAACUUAAGAGAGUUUAAGACCGGACUGGGACUAAAUGCAUGAUUUAUAUUGGAAGUGUCACAGGUGGUUUGUUGUAAUAUGUCAAUAAGAAUGGCUCAAGCUUAAUGAGUAUAUAUAUAUAUAUUGGGUCUGAAAAACAUCCAGGGCGUUGCGUGCUAUUUAGGAAGCAGCAUCUUUACAGAGACCCGCUGCGGUACAUUUCCUUGUGAGGUUGAGAGUGUGCGCUGUCAACACUGUUCACUACUCUUGCAGAGCAGUUGUGGGUGUUAUUGAAAUGCAAUAAGUGACUGCUUUACUAACUGAUCUCUGGGUUAGUCUCGGCAUGGAAGGCCAGAUUUGGAGAAAUUGCAAUAAAAAGAAAAGAAUUAACCCAAUUUAUUAACCAAAAAGGGGCCGGACCAUGUGGUUAAGCUACCACACUGUUAGGCUUGUCAUAAUUUCUCCAUUUGCCUUUUAUUUAAUCGCGUCUCUUGGUAUUGUACAGGUCCCAAUUUUCAUCACGCAUUGUCCAAAAUAUUAUAUUAUUGUAGUGGUGGGCAAUCACUGUUGGGAAGUGCUGUUUGUGCGUGCACCCCUUUCCAGGGAUGUCGUAGCGCUGUUCAGGGUACAAGGCAGCACUGGUACUUCUGCAGCAGAGAUGGUGUCUUGCUCAAGGGCACAUCAGCUUGAACAAAUGAUAAUCUUUAAUUGUUAUUCCUCAUGGGAUGCACAGCUGGCAGCCAGAAUCUCUUCAGCAUUACAGAAGCUCUGCUUCCAGUUUAAAUGUGUGUCUCUUGUCUCAUAACGUGUUCCCUGUUGAGAUUAACACAGAUAUUUUUUCAUUACGGACUACAUACUUUAGUUUUCAACUCCAAAUAUCCUCAGCGAGCACUUACUUACUGUUGGGAGGUUGAGCUCCGGUUUCAUCUUGUUUAUCUCCAGACCACUGUGUGUAUUGUUUUGGCAGGUUGUUCUAUGCAAUUAUCGUUGCUGCAAGUAUUGUAAUGCUUUUUUUCUUUUCUAGACACUCUGUACUUUGUGUUUGGUAUGGUCAUUCUUUUAUUAAAAGUUUAAUAUAAUA